AAACUUCUGAGCUCCCACUCCUCCCGUUUGCUCCACUUUGGCAAUGUUAUUUGAAAGUGAAAACGGCUCCUCAGUGGGGCCAAACACCAAAGCAGAGCCUGACAUUGUGUGCCUUCCUACGCCUGGUUCUUUUUUCUAGCUCUUACCUGGUCAGCGUGCGCAGACAUGUCACAUCGCAAAUUUCACGCACCACGCCAUGGACACUUGGGCUUUCUCCCCCGCAAGCGUAGCAAAAGGCACCGAGGCAGAGUGCGUACUUGGCCUAAAGAUGACCCCAGCAAACCUGUGCACCUCACCGCCUUCUUGGGAUACAAGGCUGGCAUGACCCACACCCUCAGAGAGGUGCACCGCGUUGGUCUCAAGCAAACAAAGCGUGAAGAAGUGGAGGCGGUUACCAUCAUUGAGACCCCCCCGCUCAUAGUGGUCGGAGUGGUGGGCUACAUCCGCACCGUGCGGGGUCUGCGCGCCCUGAAGACCAUCUUUGCUGAACAUCUCAGUGACGAGUGCAAGCGCAGAUUCUACAAAAACUGGCACAAGAGCAAGAAGAAAGCCUUCACUAAAUACAGUAAAAAGUGGAAAGACGAAGCCGGGAAGAAAGCGCUGGACAAGGAUUUUACUCUGAUGAAAAAAUAUUGUUCAGUCAUUCGGGUUAUUGUUCACUCUCAGAUGCGAUUGCUGCCCAUAAAGCAGAAGAAGGCUCACGUCUUGGAGGUGCAGUUAAACGGGGGGAGCAUUUCGCAAAAGGUCGACUGGGCAAAGGAGCGCCUGGAGCAAGCGGUGCACGUGUCGGCAGUUUUUCACCAGGACGAGUUGAUUGAUAUCAUUGGGGUUACAAAGGGUCACGGCGUUAAAGGUGUGACAAGCCGCUGGCACACAAAGAAGCUCCCCAGGAAAACUCACAAGGGGCUGCGGAAGGUGGCGUGCAUCGGAGCAUGGCAUCCAGCUCGAGUGGGCUUCAGUAUAGCACGGGCCGGUCAAAAGGGCUUUCACCACCGUACUGAGAUCAACAAGAAGAUCUAUCGACUUGGUCGAGGCGUUCAUAUCCAGGAUGGAAAGGUGAUCCGGAAUAAUGCCUCCACGAGCUAUGACAUCAGCCAGAAGACCAUUUCCCCCAUGGGAGGCUUUCCACACUACGGGGAGGUGAAUAAUGAUUUUGUCAUGGUGAAAGGUUGCGUUGUCGGUGCCAAAAAACGCGUCCUCAUACUCCGAAAGUCUUUGCUGGUGCACACGUCUCGCAAAUCAUUGGAAACCAUCGAGCUCAAAUUCAUUGACACCACGUCCAAGUUUGGUCACGGUCGCUUCCAGACCGCGCAGGAGAAAAGAGCUUUUAUGGGUCCGCAAAAGAAGGAUGUCUUUAAAACUCCGCCAGUGCCUCAACCAGAGGAGGUCUAAAACAUUUGGCAGUAUUUUCUGUGAUGAAGCAGAGAUUUUGAAAGGAAGGUGAAAUUGAUCAUUAAAAAUAAAAUAAAGGUUUUAUUGAAC